CCUCCAAAAGCGUGGAGUGAGCGAGCCCUGCCCGAGCUUGCAUGCUAGCGCUGUUGGCCUCCUCUCCAACUAUUUUAAUCAUUUCAGAAAAAAAAGGGGUGGGGCAGCCAGGCAUUUGGCAAGAGGCUCCUUUCCUCCAGCCGAGGUGGAGUCAGCCAAUGGCUCGGGAGCCUGGAAAAUUUUGCAGGACAGUUUCCCCGGACAGCUUGGCAAAGGCUGUGCCAUUUCAAUUGAAGCACACAUCCACGCGCUGCGCUCUCAGCUUCUGGCUCGCCUCCCAGCUCUGAGAGAGAGAUCUCAGAUUCUGUCUCGCCUUCCCUCUUUCGCUUGACCCUCUGGUGACAAAACUUCCCCAGGCUCUGCUCAUCGGGACGCCGGAGCAAUCAUGGCAGAAACCGCCCUUCAGAUCGUCGAGCAGCCUGCGGCCCCCUCCGAGGCCUCCGAGGAGCCCGCCGGCGAGGAGCCCAUCAAGUCUGACCAGAUCAAUGGCGUGAUGGUGCUUACCCUCCUGGACAAGAUCAUUGGGGCCGUCGACCAGAUCCAGCUGACCCAGAGUCAGCUUGAGGAGAGGCAGCAGGAGAUGGACGGGGUGGUGGCCAGCAUCCAAGGGGAGCUGGCCAAGCUCGCCAAGGCCCACACCACCACCAGCAACACCGUCAACAAGAUGCUGGAGAAGGUCCGCAAGGUCAGCGUGAACGUGAAGACCGUCCGGCAGAACCUGGAGAAGCAAGGCGGGCAGAUCAAGAAGCUGGAAUCGAACGAGGCGGAGCUGCUGAAGCGCAGGAACUUCAAAGUCAUGAUCUACCAGGAUGAAGUGAAGCUGCCAACUAAGCUGAGCAUCAGUAAGUCUUUGAAAGAAGCAGAGAAGGAAGGAGAAGGAGAAGAGGUCCCUGCAGAUGAGGAGCAUGUCGAUGAGGAGCAUAUUGAGCUCUCCUCGGAUGAAGAAGUGGAGGUGGAGGAGAUCAUAGAGGAGUCACGGGCAGAACGCAUCAAAAGGAGUGGCAUGAGGAGGGUGGAUGACUUCAAGAAGGCCUUCUCCAAGGAGAAGAUGGAGAAGACCAAGAUGAAGACCAAAGAGAACCUGGAGAAGACCAAGCUGAAGACCAAAGAGAACCUGGAGAAAACCAAACAGAAUUUGGAGAAGACCCGACACAACUUGGAGAAGAGGAUGAACAAGCUGGGCACCAAGAUCGUCACCAACGAGCGCAGGGAGAAGAUGAAGACUUCCCGGGAUAAGCUGAAGAAGUCCUUCACCCCCGACCACACGGUCUACGCCCGCUCCAAGACGGCGGUCUACAAAGUGCCACCCUUCACCUUCCAUGUCAAGAAGAUACGGGAAGGGGAGGUGGAAGUGAAGGCCACUGAGAUGGUGGAGGUCGGUGGGGACGAGACAGAGAACACGGAUCUGAUGAGGGGUGAGAGUCCCGAAAUGAGCACGCUCCUGCAGAUCACGGAAGAGGCAGACACGCUGCCGGCAGACAAGAGCGACAGUGAGUAAGGCACGAGGCAGAAGAACGUCAAGAGCUGAACAUGUAACCUUCCACGUUUCCUCUUUUUUUGGCCCCGCACGGGCCUACACGCAAACACACACACACACACACAUACGAUAUAGCAAUCUUACAUCCUCCCUACCCAGAAAUGUAGCACCAAGGUGCGUUUUUGUAUAUUUCUGUUUCGGCGUACAACAUGGGACUUUCUGGCAACACAUCAAACACCAUUCCUUGCUGCUGAAAGCUUGCUCUACUGGACCGCUGCCAUCUUCACCCCAACCCACCAUCCUGCCUCCUCCCCCAAAGUGCUGCUGACAAAAUAACCCAUUUGUAUGCCCCAAGAAGCAUGCCUGCCUCUCCGCUACGAUGCUCGGUGUCAAGAGUGCUUCCUGGGGACCAGAAAGCAGAUUGGACAGAAAAAAGAAGGAGAAACAGGAAGUGUGGAACCAAAGAAUGGGUGGGUGGGCGGGCUCUUGAAGCUGUGUGGCACCACGCACCUUUGAUACGGUGGGGGACGGAGUGGAGAUUGGUUGGAAAGGAACUGAGGAAAUGAUUGGCUGAAGGAAAGGAAGUGAUGCCAUGAGAGCAGGGUUCCCAACCAUUAUGUCCUUGCAGGCGCCUCUGAAAUUUUGAGAAGGGGGUGGUGAGUGCCCAAAAUGGCUGCCACAGGAGGCGGAGCCAAACACAAUAUUCUCCUCCUUGUUAAUCACAGAAGAGAAAUAAAAAAAGAAAUGAAGGAAAGCUCAAGGAGAUGGAGGGGGAAAGAACAGAUGGAAUUAAAAAGAAGGGAAACAUGGAAGGGAAAUGGAGCCGCAUACUGACUAAGGGAAGGGCAAGCACUUAGUCCUCCUGACCUAUUUUGGCUGCGGCUGCUAUGGCAGCGGAGAACCCUUUCUUUUGAAUGAGCGCAGCCAGCCAAUAGCAAGCCCAGCCUUAUGAUGCUCUGCCCACUUUCUGAAAAGCUCAGUGGGCAUCAGGGGAAGUAAUGGCGGGCAAUGCUCCCUCUAAGCAAAAAUUCCGCUUUGUGAGCUGCUGGCAUUAAAGUUGUGAGCUACUGCAUAAACUAGUUUGCUCUGGGGCCAUUUUUCCGGAGCUUAUGACAAAAAUGUGUGAGCCGGAGGCUACAAAACUGUGAGCUAGCUCACACUAACUCAGCUUAGAGGGAACACUGCUGGCGGGCACUGAGGUGCCCACCGGAGCCACGCUGGGAAGCCCUGCAUCAGAAGGUGCAAGAGCAGGGUCUGUGCUCCAGCCCUCCCAAAUCCUUUCCCCACACACUCAAAAUUCGAGGGGGCCCUGGAUCUGUACCCACAAAAAGGACCAGCAGCUGCCACUGUGGAGCCUGAGAGGCAGGAAGGGAGAUCUUUCUGCAGAGAACACUGAAUGCCGUUUUCUUUUGCUUUUAGCUCUGUCUGUCACCUGGUCAAGAUGGCAGAACGGGAGGGCAGAUGAGUUUAGCAGAGAUAGGGAGUAAUUGCAGGGAGACCGAGGGCAGGAGAGGAAAGCUCUUGUCCAGUCAGUCAGCAAUCUUGAUACCGCCCCCCCCCCCCCCACGUCCUGGGCUGGAUCCUUAGUGUUGCUGAUGGUUUUGCUGCAGCACUGAGGAUGUAGGCUGACCGACCGGUGUGUUUUCUGCUGUGGCUGCCUUGCAUCACCCAGUUUUCAACUAGAGCAAUCGCUAUUUGGGUGCUCUCCAGGGAGGUAACGCUUAGCUUAGGUUUGAUUCCCCCUUGGGUCAUUCCCAGUUCUCUCUCAGAGCUGUUCUCUCAAGAGCAGUUCUGUCAGAGCUCUCUCAGCCCCACCUACUACCUCACAGGGUGUCUGAUGUGGGGAGAGGAAGGGAAAGGAGAUUGUAAGAUACUCUGAGACUCCGAGUGAAGGGGGGGUCCGGUAUAAAUCCAAUCUCCUCCACCUCUUCUUCCUAACAUCUGCUGAACCUCCCAACUGGGGAGAAAACAGGGAGCUGUGCAGUGGAGGGGGGGGGAGGGGCACAGAGACACUCGGCCACUUUCCUCAUUCACAGCCACCCACCUACCCUUUUCUUCUGCAGAUCCCCCUUUGCUUUGCAUUGGACCGAGAGGCUUUCUUUGCUCAUGUUUGGUGCAUGCCGCUGCCCUCUCCCGCGUGAUGUGCCAGAGCACCCUUCCUUCUUCCUACCGUCUGCUGGAAUCCCCCUCCCCAAGCUUCUUCUCCGGGGUAGUCCAGGAGGAAAGGUCUGCAAUGGGCUUGGCCGCGGCAGUGUGUUCUGCCUGCCGCAAGGUCUCGGGCGGUUGGUUCUGUGCCCAGCGACCUGACUGCAACCUGCCCCCAAGCUACCUGGUGAAUGGCUUGGCCAAAUCCAUCCAGUUCCCAGCAGAAGACAUGGCCGCGGGGGGCGGGGGGACGUGUCAGGGCUGUAGCCAGGAUUUCGUGUGUGGUGGGGCCCACAGCAGGAUUUGUUGUUGGGGGUGGGUGGGUCACGGGGCCUCCCGGUUUGGUGGCCCAGAGCUCUCAGCACUGUAGGCUGAGACCUGCAGCAACGCUAAUACUUGUUCAGAGUGGCAGUGAGCAAAGGGGACAGGUUGGCCGCCCUCCAACAGAGGGGCCGUAUAGUUGGAAAAGGAGGGGGGUUGAAAGGAUAGGCCUUGCCCCCUUGGGCCCCACUGUAGCUAUGAGCCUGGGGGAGGAUACUUCUUAUUUGGGCCUCCAGAUGGGCUUUUGGGGGGGGGGGUCCCCUGGAAUUACAGCUCAUCUCCAUAUUACAGUUCGCCUAGAGGAAAUGGAUGUUUGGAAGGGUGAAUUCUGUUGCAUUGUCCCCCGCCGCCUCCACCACAAAUCUCUCAAGCGUUUCCCAACCCCACCCUCCCAUCCCCCAUCAGUGGCCGAGGGCGAACCCUAGAUCAUGCACAUCAAUGUCCAGGGGGCUGUUGCCGGCCCCUACUGCCCUCCCCUUUCCUGUGAACCUUCCCAUUAUAUCGCAGGUCGCUAUGGAUCUUGUGCCCAGAAGAAGAGGAGAGAGCCCGGAGUUUUUAAAAAGACACUUAGCGUUUGAGGCUGCCGCACCUGGGGCAGAGACCACACCCCCACCGCGGGGGCAGCAGGGUGGGGGGGGGCGCGUGCCAAGCAGCUGCUUUGUUCCUUUUCUAAGACUGCAUCCUGGUGAGCAGCGUGACUAAUAAACUUCCUUUUCUAAAAGAA